UAUAUUAGUCUUUACAUAUGGGAAUCAAAGAAAACAAAAAGCAGUACUUCUCUAAAUUCUGUGUUUGUAAUGGUUAGCAGUAGCUAUGGACAUCAAAAUCUGUUGGCGUGGCUUUAAUAAAUUAUCAUUACAAAAUCAAUAUGGCAUGUAAGUUAUUAAUUAAUUAAUUUAUUAGAAUGUUGUGGAACUAGAAAACAAUUUGAUUUGGUACUUUAUCAUGGUCUACAUGAUCUAAUAUAUAUAUCUGAUGCAUGCAUAUCAGCAAGAUCAGCAAGCUUGCUUGAAACAUGAAAUCCAAGUAUCAAAAUGUAGAGUUGAUGAUGAUAGUAACUGCAACACCAAUUCAUGUGAAACUUACAAUUAUUGAUUUUCAAUUAUUUUUCUACUUAGGUUUUGUGAAAGAUGCCAUCAAAUAGUGGGAGGCUUCAUAUGCGGAAGAGCACUUUGCCAUUAAAUUGGGGAGGAUGUCAGACUGCAUGCAAAUGUAAACAAAGGCUUCAUGUUGAGGAAGAGGUUGUCUUAAAUCUUGUAAAUACAUUCGAGCAUGUGAGACAGUGGUGGCUUGGCUGAGGCAGCAGGCUGGUGUGCUUGUCAUGUGUUUCAUGUAAUGUCAAUGAGAGGAUUUGUGUGGCUUCCUCGGGACCAUGCGUUCAAUAUGAACUCAUCAAAACUACUUCGAGUCACUGCAUAUGAAGCUGAAAACCCUACUGAGGUCUCCCUCAGAGAGGCGUUCUCCAUUUUCCAGCCUCAACUGAAACCCCCCUUCCCUCUAUCAAUCCCCUCGCCCUCAGAAUACUUGCAGCUGAAUCGUGCCAUUGCUUUCGGCAUCCUCACCGAGCCCCAUUUUGCCAAAACGCACCUCACCCACCUCCAUGCCAUUGUCAUCGAUGGCUAUAAGUUCUUCACCACCACCCUCCUCAAGCUCUGUAAUGACUCGUACCCCAAGCUCUUGGAAACCCCAAGAAUUCAGAUCCUCUGGCUCACUUCCAAUCUAGUCCAGGUUGCUGCCAUCCAUGUUGAUUCCCUAAUUGUAUCCCUCUUGAGGCAGAUUAUUGGUGGCGAUUUCUCUGAGUCCAAUUUGUGGCUGUGUGCUGAACUUGUCAAGAUCUUGUCUGAUAAUUGGGAUUGGAUAUUGGAUGAACCAUUGGUUCUUACAAGUGCAUUGUUCGUCUAUCUUCGGUUAUUGGCAGAUCACUAUAGGUUGUCAGGUGGUGUGAAAUUGGAUUCAUUGAAGCGGAUGGAGAUUGAUUUCUGCAUCAAGGCAUUGAGAGAAUGCUUCAGUUUGUGUUUGCAGAUAGGGAGGGACCUCGUUCGACUACUUCAGGACUUGGUUCAUAUUCCUGAAUUCAGAGAUGUGUGGAAGGACCUAUUAUUUGAUCCUAGAAAGUUUCAAGUUUUGGGUUUUACUGAUAUUUUGGAGCUCUAUCGAAGGAGAACGCCAACACACUACUUUUUGCUGAGGAUCACACCUGAGAUGGAAGCACACCUGCGAUUCUUGCUCACGUAUGUGAAAUGGGGGAGUCAGAAAAGGUACCAAGCUUGGUUUGCCAAGAAACACCUGUGCUGGCCUGGUAGUGAGACUGUUAUAACUGACAUUAUUCGGUUUAUAUGUUGUUCCCACCAUCCUCCUAAUGAGAUCAUCCAGUCUAAUGUUAUCUCAAGAUGGGCUGUUAUUGGCUGGCUGCUAAAAUGCUGCAGGAGGAACUACUUUGAGGCUAAUGCGAAGCUUGCUUUGUUUUAUGAUUGGUUGUUUUUUGAUGAAAAGAUGGAUAAUAUCAUGAACAUUGAGCCUGCAAUGCUUUUGAUGGUUAACUCUGUGCCCAAAUAUGUUGAUAUAACUCACACCCUCUUGGAGUUCCUGUUUCUGUUGGUCGACAAUUAUGAUGUUUCCAAGAAGGAAGCAAUUGUUCGGGGUGUUUCGGCAGCCCUUAAUUUACUGGUCAGAAAAGGAGUAGUUGAUUCACUAGAACCUCUGACUUCUUGUAGUUUGCUAUCUCUGUUGCUCAGAGAGAGGCUCAUUACCUUCCUUCCCAGAUCAGAUUUAGGAGUUGUUACAACAUCAUCUGAUAUGUGUAGCCAGAGAAUGGUCACAAAUGGAAAGGUAGCUCCUGUCUCAAAAGAGUAAGGAUGAUGUGGUGCAGAAUCUAGCGACUGACCUUUGUUCAUUUGUUGAUCAAAUUGAAAGGAGGUAAAUUUCAUGAUUUAUAGGACAUAUGAAUUUCACUUGUUGUUACUUGAUAGAUAUGAUUUAACCAGUUCAAUAUGAUGGUGGUACAUAACUAGUGUUGGGCGUCAUGGUCUUAGGUACACUCAUCGACUUCUAUGUAGCAUUACCAAUUUAUGAUUUGUGAUAUCUUUAACAAUUUUCAAUCAAAAAUAUAAAAAAUGAAAUAAAAAUAGAGGAGAGGAAUAUGAGCUACCGCAAUGGCAGCAAUGGCUGUUGGAGUGCAGGCAUUUUAUGGUAGUAGCCUUAAAAUAGUUGAGUAGCACCCUCCACCCCCAUAGAUAUUGGUUGCGUGGUUAGUGAUAGCCUUAGAUGAUUCUAUUGGCUGGUAGCUGUCCCUCAAUCUUUCCUGCUGAAUAAAAAUCCUCGCUGCAUGCACUAGAGGAGGUUGCCUAGAGAUUGCUAUCUUUCUUGCCAUGUAUCCCAUGGCACUGAUCUUAAAGUCAAAAUCGAAGAGGCAAGGUGGGAUGGAACUACUAACAGAGUCCACCCAUCCCAUGAAUUCAAAAAAAAAAAAA